UGUUUAAUAUAUUUAAAUGAUUUUAUGAAAUAUAGAACUUUUUCGAAGAGAAUUCGAAAUUAUAACAUUUAAAUACAUUUUAAAAAUCACAAUAUUUUAUGUUAUCUUCAAAUAAAUAACUUUCCAUACUAUUUAUUAAUUGUUAGGUAUAUAUAGAAUUGAAUGCAUAGUACGAUUUAGUAAAAUUAGUAAAAUCAUAUAGAUAAUAUUAAUCAUACAGUAUAGCUAAAAUAAUAUGUAUUACAAUAUGUAAUAAUAUGUAUAUUUUGAAACCGAAAAGAGAUAUUUAACAUGUUCAAUGCGAAAUAUGUAAAUGAUAGGUGAUUGAAAGUAGAUACAUGUAUUAAAUGGUUCAUUGUUUUCUCAAUUCUUUAAGUAUAAAAUAUUGAAUUUAUUUUAAAAUAAAUAAAGAAGAAAAAAGUUUUAUCUGAACAUGGAAUUAAUAUUUUGUCUUGAAAACAUUGAAUUAAGUAUUAAAAAAAUUAAAAUAGGAAUUAUAAUUUAUUAAUUUUAGAAAAAUAUAUUUGAUUUUUGUUUUAAUUCUUUUAUUUCCAACGUUAACUUUAAUUGAUACUCAUAUUCGAGAAACAUAUGGAUUCAAAUAUUGACUGUAUAUUACAUUUAAUUAAUCAUAAAUACUUUAUGUAAAUAUUAUAAUCAACUUUCAGAAAUUAAUUCCAAUUGCAGAAAAUUCAUAGUAAUUGUAUUAAUUUUCUAUUUGUAUAUUCAUAAUAUAUUUCUCCAUACUUAUACUAAGAUCGAUCUUUUGUUACAUUCUGUUUCCCAUCUUGCUUCAUCUAAUGCGAAUUUUAAUUAAGGCUUAUAAAUAAGCUUCAAUCGAUAUUUUUGUAAACCAACUUUUAUAUUUAUGAUUUGAUUAUGAUAUUGAUAUCUAUAAUUGACAUUUCAAAUUAUAUAUAUAUAUAUAUAUCAUAUAUCAAAUUAAUAUCAUAUAUGUACAUAAUAGAUACAUAAAAGAUCUAAUAAAUUACAUAAUCAGAUAUUUCUUUAAAAAAAAUAAUAUUGCAUAAUUUUUAAGAAAAACAAUUUUGAAUAUAAUAUAGCUAUUGAAUAUCAUUUAAUUAAUUUAUAUAUUAUUAUUUAUUAUAUUUUAUUAUAUUUUAUUUUAUUAUACUAUUAUAAAAUAGUAUAUCCAAAUAUACAAAUAUAAAAAUAGUAUAUACAUAUGUACAAAUUGUUAUUAAAAAUUAAAAUAUUUUUAGUUUAAUAAGUUUACAAAAUAUUAUUAUUUCAUUACUAAAUCUCUAUUUUCACGUAGAAAUCAGUAAACAUGAAUGAUAGUAAUGAAUCAUAAUUGAAUUAAAUAUGAAUUAAUAGAGAUAGUAAAAGAUAGUAUGAAUUUUAUCUACUUUAAAUGAUCACUCAUUCAUAUUUUCAAUAAACAAUUUUGCAAAAAUACAAUAACAAUAAACUAUUUAAAAUUUGUCAAAUCCUCUAUAAAGAUAUUUAUUUCUAUUUCAGAAAUUCUCCAUUUAUUUUCCUCAAUUUUAUUGCACCAUGAUGUUCUAUAUAAUUGAAAUAUUUUUACAAUUAAUCUGGAAGUCAUAUCGUUGAUACGAAAGUCGUUGACAGGACGAACAAAUCCUACAACGCGCAUGCACUGACUGGUGGGGCAAGCCACGCACGCAACACAUAAGUUCAUGUAAUUUCGCAGCAAAUCGAUCGACUUCUCUCACUCGUCCAAGGGUGCAGUGCCUAGUAUUAGCCGAAAAUUGAACCGUAACACUACAAGACAACAUCACAAAAGUAAGAAAGAAGUAUAUGAGCAAAAUGACGAAACGUUUGGAAACUGUGGCCACUAUGGCUUGCAUGAAGACUCUCUUGAUGCUCUUCAACUGCGUUUUCUGGGUAUUUGGUAUAUUGAUGAUGGUCAUUGGUAUUUGGGUCAGAAUUCAACUUCGUGAUUAUAUAGAUGUAAGUGCAGAAAGCAGUAGAACAGCUCUAUUAGCAUUAGCUAGUUUGGGUGCUAUCUUAACUUUAAUAGCAACUUUUGCCUGUUGCUGUACAACUCGUGGCCAUCCAGCUCUCUUAUACUUGUACGGUGCGUUUUUAGCUGUUGUUGCAUUAUUGGAACUUGCAGCUGGUGCAUCGAUUUAUGCUUAUCGUACUAAUUUAAAUGAAAAAUUCGAUCAAGAUCUCAAUGAAACUAUGUCUGUUUAUGGAUUAGAUGAGAGAAAAAGCGCUAAUAUCGAUACUAUGCAAUCCACUCUGCAAUGUUGUGGUAAUAGAGGUUACACCGAUUGGUUAAAUAUGUCUCCGCCAAAGGAAAUUUCGCUAUCAUGUUGCAAAGUACCAAUAAAUAUAUGUGACAUUAAUGACAUAAACAACAUUUAUACUCAGGGUUGCUAUACUCGUGUAUUGCAUUUCAUAAAUGGUAACAUCGGUCUGGUUGCUGGAAUAGCAGUUGGCGUAGCGUUCUUCCCACUUAUAGGCGUUUUCCUAGCAUGUUGCUUAGCCAGCAAUAUCAAUAAAGUCAAGUACGAGCAGGUUGCUUAGAGUUUUUCAGAAAAACUCGCCGUAAGAAAAAUCCUCACACUUGGAAGAACGGGAUUUUAAAACAACGAAUCUCGAUUCUCAUAUUAAUGAUUUCGAAAAAUUGCACGAUUGCGUAUUAAAAUUUCAUAAAAAACGAGACUGUUAACCUAUAGGUGCUGUUAACGUAUAGAUCAGAAUCAUUAUUUUUCUAUUAUGUUUAAAAUUAUACAAUACAAAUAUUAUAGUGUUGUUAAAAAAUGAUUAAAUUGUAAAUUUUUUUAAAUUUUUAAUUAAAUUUUUUUUCAAAUAA